CUUCAAGCAUUCAGCUCUGUAACGGCUACCUUUAGCUGAGUUGUGGCCACAAUGCAGCAGGACCUACAGGAAGAUCUAACCAUACCUGGAGAAACAGAUGUCUUCUGUGAAGGAAUAUCUUCCAGGCUCCCAGAAAUCAUGUCAGUAGGAUCACAAUCAUUCUCCCCUGGAGGCCCCAAUGGCAUCAUUAGAAGUCAGUCCUUCGCAGGCUUCAGCGGUCUGCAAGAAAGACGCUCUAGAUGUAAUUCCUUUAUCGAAAAUUCCUCUGGGCUCAAGAAGCCCCAAGCAAAGGUGAAGAAAAUGCAUAACUUGGGACAUAAGAACAGCACCAUGCCCAAAGAGCCGCAGCCAAAAAGGAUGGAAGAGGUCUACAGGGCCUUAAAGAAUGGACUGGAUGAGUAUCUGGAAGUUCACCAGACAGAGCUGGAUAAGUUGACUACUCAGUUAAAAGACAUGAAAAGAAACUCCCGCCUGGGAGUGCUGUAUGAUCUAGAUAAGCAAAUCAAAGCAAUUGAAAGAUAUAUGAGAAGACUGGAGUUCCACAUUAGUCAGGUGGAUGAGCUGUAUGAAGCCUAUUGCAUCCAAAGACGACUCUGUGAUGGUGCCAACAAAAUGAAGCAAGCAUUUGCAAUGUCUCCUGCCAGCAAAGCAGCUCGAGAGAGUCUGUCUGAAAUCAACAGAAGUUACAAGGAGUACACAGAGAACAUGUGUACCAUUGAAGCAGAACUGGAAAGCCUAUUGGGGGAGUUUUGCAUCAAGAUGAAAGGUCUGGCUGGCUUUGCUCGUCUCUGUCCUGGAGAUCAGUAUGAGAUCUUUAUGAGGUACGGGCGACAGCGAUGGAAACUAAAAGGCAAAAUAGAAGUGAAUGGCAAACAGAGCUGGGAUGGAGAAGAAAUGGUCUUCCUUCCUCUGAUUGCUGGGCUGAUUUCCAUUAAGGUCACAGAAGUUAAAGGACUUGCUACUCACAUCCUGGUGGGAAGCGUGACCUGUGAAACAAAGGAUCUGUUUGCAGCCCGACCUCAGGUGGUUGCUGUUGACAUCAAUGAUCUUGGCACAAUAAAGCUGAACCUUGAAAUCAUCUGGUACCCAUUUGAUGUUGAGGACCUCACUCCCUCCACGGGAAAUGUGAACAAGGCAUCUGCUCUCCAGCGGAGGAUGUCUAUGUAUAGCCAAGGCACUCCAGAAACACCAGUCUUCAAGGAUCGCUCAUUCUUUAAAUGGUUGCAUCGUCCACAAGACAAGCUGCAGUUGACAGCUUUUGAUGCUCUGCAAGACACUUUCUUUGACAAGCUUCAGCGUAGUCGCUCUUUUAGUGACCUGCCAUCUCUCAGGCUGAGGCCUAAAGCAGGGCUUGAGCUCUAUUCCAAUUCACCAGACGACAUUUUUGAAAAUGGGAUGACAUCCAUUGAGAAGAGACCCCUCUCGUUCACUUUUGGUGAUGUGCCCUAUGAAGAUGGAGUUCCCCCAGCCAACUUGGAUUCUUCCUCAGCCACUGUCAGUUCCAAUCCUGAAAUUACUACAGAGCACAGUGCCCGCAAAUCCUUAAACUCAAUCUUGGACAGUACUAGUACAAACUCAUCCAUGAACUCCACACCUGAGUCAAAAGACUUCAAAUCACAGCUAGAGCACACACCAGUAAAUGAAAACAAGACAUUUUCAAGAGCUGUUUCUGAAGGUUGCCAAAAGCUUUCAGGUCCUGGAAAUGAUGCCCUCUUUAUAGAUACUAGUGUCCCUGUGUCUCUUCUCCAGGAUACAGACGAAGUGUCAGAGCUAAAACCUGUAGAACUGGACACGUAUGAAGGCAACAUCACUAAACAGCUGGUAAAAAGUCUUACCUCAGUGGAGGCUCCAGUGAUACCUGAAAGGCUGCAGUGUGAGGGAUCAAUAAGUGGGGAAUCAGAAGGAUAUAAGUCUUACUUAGAUGGAAGCAUAGAAGAAGCCUUGCAAGGGCUUCUUCUAGUACUUGACCCACAUAAAGAGCAGUAUAAGGAAUUUCAGGAACUGGACCAAGAAGUGAUGCAUCUAGAUGACAUCCUAAAAUGCAAGCCAGCAGUAGACCGGAGCAGGUCCUCCACUUUAAGUCUAACAGUUGAAAGUGCUUUAGAAAGCUUUGAUUUCCUGAACACCUCUGACUUUGAUGAUGAGGAUGGUGGAGGUGAUGAGGGUUGUAAUGGUGAAGGAGGUGCUGACUCAGUAUUUUCAGACACUGAAACUGAGAAGACUAGUUACAGGACAGAACACCCAGAAGCCAGAGGGCAUCUUAGCGAAGCUUUGACAGAAGACACGGGAGUUGGUACCAGUGUAGCUGGAAGCCCUCUUCCGUUGACCACAGGGAAUGAGAGUCUUGAUGUAACCGUAGUUAAGCAUUUGCAAUAUUGCACACAGCUUGUUCAGCAAAUUGUGUUCUCCAGUAAAGCUCCAUUCGUAGCAAGAAGCCUCCUGGACAAGCUGUCCAGGCAGAUCCUUGUGAUGGAGAACAUAACAGAGAUCAGUAGUGAAAAUCUGGGAAACAUCAACUCCAUCACUGAAGCAAUUCCAGAAUUUCAUAGCAAGCUAUCCUUGCUGUCCUUCUGGACUAAAUGCACUGGUCCCAUAGGGUUGUAUCAUACCUCUGCUGAUAAGAUGAUAAAACAGCUGGAUAUCAAUUUUGCUGCUGCUGUGAAUGAAGAAUGCCCAGGACUUGCAGAAACAGUAUUUAGAACCCUGGUGUCUCAGAUCCUGGACCGAACAGAACCGAUCCUCCCCUCCAGCCUGCAGUCAGAAAUUAUAACCGUCUUUCAGUAUUACCAUUAUUUUACCAGCAACAGUGCUAACGACCUGGGAAACUAUUUGCUACAGCUUGCAAAAGAAGCUGCAGUGGUUCAGAUGCUACAGUCAUUAAAAAAUGGAAAAUUGAAGCAAAAUAUUGCUGAAAUGACCUCUAGCAACCUUCCACCUCAGCAGGAAGUGCUGAGGGCUUUGGCUUUACUUCUGAUUGAAAACAAAAAUGAAAUCAGUGAGGCCGUGACAUUACUCCUGUCAACUACAGCAGAAAACAGGCACUUCAGAGAAAAGGCCUUGAUGUAUUAUUGUGAAGCAUUAACCCAGCCUAGUCUCCAUCUCCAGAAAGCAGCUUGCAUGGCACUGAAAUGCCUCAAGGCUACUGAAAGUAUUAAAAUGCUAGCCACACUCUGCCAGUCUGAGGAUGAAGAUAUCAGAAAAAUAGCAUCUGAAACUCUGCUCUCUCUUGGUGAAGAUGGGCGGCUGGCAUACGAACAGCUGGAUAAAUUCCCUCGGGAAUUUGUUAAAGUUGGAGGCCGUCGUGGGACUGAAGCUGCCACAGCCUUUUAGGUGCAAGAUAACUCACCUACCAUUUUCCAGUGAAAAAGACUGGCUUCAUUUACCAGGGUGGUGCUGUAAUUUAAACUGCCAGUA